AACCAUCAAUUUAAGUGCAAGCUACUUUUUGAGUGCGGUUUCUCCUUUUUCUGAUCGCGUUAGAUAUUUCCAAUUACUAAUAAUUUGCUCGCUCAUUCCGGUAAAUAAAUCAGAGAAUGUCAUUGGUUCCGUCUUGCAUCGUGUUGUGGCUGAUGAUAUAACCUCAUAUACAAACGAAGUAACUGGAUCCAUUUGGACUACCGAUACAUAUUUAAAGUGACUGGAUGUCAGUUUAUUCCAUAAUAAAGUAUAAUAGCCUUCGUGUUAGUGUCAUUUGUACUAACAUUGUUGAAGGUUUAGACCACGGCGAAAAAGCAAGUAGGUCCAGUACAGUCAACUCACGCAGCCUCUUAUCUGGGUCAGUUGCUUAUAAUGAAAUCGUGCUCGUGACGAUAUUUAACUCAGUUCAGCUCUCUUAGUAGUCUCAAAAAAUUUCUAACCCUCUCCGGGUUGUAACAAAAACAAUUAGAUAAGUAAAUAGAUUACCAGUUACCAGAUAAUGAUAAUACCAAUAAUUUGUACACGGGGGCAUUGAAAACCUAAAAUAAAACACUACGAAGACAUAAACAACCUAAAACAACCUAAGCCAGCUUAGAAAGAAAGAAGCUAACCACCUAAAUCUUUCUUAGUCGUAAACAAAUUACGCGAGACACUCAACUGCUAUUAGGUAAGGAUUCCAUUAAGCAAGUCAUUCAUUUCCAAUUAUUUUAUACUGCGGUCAGGUGACCUCCCGCUUGUUCCCCUACAGUUCAGGUUAUAAGCAUGCAAAUCGCAUCACCUAUUUCUCAAAACAGACUUUUGUCGUGCGGCCUUUGUCAUGUAACCUCGAUCCACGUAGUUCCUGAAGGCAACGAUGAAAAUUACUCUUUACCUGGCUGUUCUUAUCGUUAAGGUGAUAUCUGACACUCCAGUUGCUCUCAAUGGCGAUGGGUUUGUUUCCUUUGACUUGAAGUCAAUACGAAGCAACCGUCGGCAAUCGAGUUUACGUUUGAGAUUCCGUACCAUCCACCCAAAUGGUCUUCUCGUCUACAGUAAAGGAACGACGGGUCACUUCUUACGGAUGGAGAUUGUCCAGGGAAGAUUGCAUUACGAGUCGUAUCUUGGUGCUAGUCAAAAAGGCGGUGACAUUUCCACCAUCACUUCCUCAAGUAAAGACCUGAACGAUGACAGAUGGCAUAAUGUCACGCUCACUAGAGACGGACGAAAGUCUGUUCUGUGCGUUGACCAGAUCACUACUUCCGACAUAUUUCAAGGUGACAACGAAGAUCUCAACUUAGACGAUAUUCUUUACGUUGGUGGAAUGAAAGUUGAACGUCACCGACGCUUUCACAUGACGGCAGCGCGAAAUUUUCGUGGAUGCCUUCAGGAUAUAAAAUAUGGCAGUACCAACGUCCUAGUUGGUGCAGGGACUGGAAUCAUUGGGUUUGCAAUUCAUGGAAAAGUUUCAUUUAAGUGUAGAUCUAGGCCGAAUCGCAUUAUUUCUUGCACAAAUCCAAAUUUAAGCGCGAGGAUUCCUUGUCGAGGAUUGAGCCCUGCCAACUAUUUCUUCACUGCAAGUUUUCAAUUCCGUACCUAUAUCAAAGAAGGUCUCCUCGUUUCAUUCAUCGCCCCUCAAGCAAAGUUUUAUAUCUUCCUCUCGAAAAGUGCACUCGUCUUUGAAGUUACCUCCAUGAAUGGCUCGAAAACAGAGCUAAGACUGGGUUCUAACCUUGAUGACGGCGAAUGGCAUCCACUGACAUUACAUUUCGCGGGCUCGUUAGUUCGCUUAGGUCUCGAUGGACAAGAGAAAACUGAGCACGUAACUUAUUCCUGGUUGAUUACGGAUUCCACGAACAAGCUUCGACCAAAGAUUUUUCUUGGACAAGAAAGAAGACGAGAUGGGAUAGAAUCGAGUUUUGUUGGGUGCAUCUUAGAUUUAAAAAUCCAAAACCGGGAAAUAACUUUUAAAGAUUUAAAAAGUAGAGAUACCCAGAAUGCGAUCUCGAAAUCUUGUCAUUUGCGGAAUCGAUGCGAGCCGAAUCCUUGCAAGAACGGAGGAAAAUGUUCGCAAGACGGAAAGCAAUAUUAUUGUAAUUGUGAUUACACAAACUUUGAAGGAGAAAUCUGUGAAAUUUCUUUUUACAAACCAACUUGUGAACACUACAAAUCUAUGGGAUUGCAGGGCAGCACUUUUUGCCUGUUGGAUUCUCAGGGAGUAGGAAACCCUUACACUGCGCUUUGUAACGCAACAAACUCGUCACGAACGUACACAAUGAUAACGCACAAUAAAAUGACAGAAACUCUGGUGGGAAACGCGAAACUUGAUUUUUCGGGCUCCUUCUACAAACAUGACGUAACCUAUACUGGCUCCUCUGGAAUGAAUCAGAUCAAAGCACUAAUUCAGAGGAGCAAACAUUGCCGACAGUACAUAAGAUUCCAUUGCUUUGGAUCAAAACUACUUAACACGCCUCGCGGACCCUCACACGCGUACUGGUUAUCACGCGAUGGGAGCAGGCAGGAAUAUUGGGGCGGAGCUGAGCCCGGCAGUAAAAAGUGUGCUUGUGGAAUGACGGAUCCUCCCUCCUGUGCAGUAAAAACGAAGUUCUGCAACUGUGAUGUCCGUGGUGAAACUUGGCGAGUAGAUGCCGGGUACUUGAGCGACAAAAGUACUCUACCUGUCAUGGGACUCCUUUUCGCCAAGAAAAGCAAGAGAUCUGAAUUUGCACUGGGUCCCUUGGAAUGCUGGGGAUAUGUAGACGAACACUUCGAAGAAACAACGAACCAGAAACGGAAAGACAACCAAAUCGAUUAUCGAUUAAAAAGGGCUUGCCCUACAGCACGAAAUAUGAAGAAGCAAUUGACGGAAUCAACUCUUGUCACUGAAACCCCAGAAAUGACUCCAAUGUCAUCAGAAAAUACAUCCUGUAAAGCGGGAAACGGGACUCAUCAGCAAUGCCCAAACUUCAUCUCCAACCCUGCAGAAAAGAACUCGAACAGCACUGGCGCUGGGCCAGUUGGAGAUCAAAAAGCUUUAAGCCGAAACAGUUCCCUCCAAUCAAAUGAAACCGCAACCGCCGCAAGAAUGGACGACAACGUAAAAGGAGAUGGGCUGUCAGUAGUGGCAGUCAUCAUGAUAUCUAGUGCACUCGUAAUGUUUAUUGCUCUGUUUAUUGUACUUGACAGAAUCAAUCGUAAAUACAAAUCUCCUUUCCCUUGUAAAUAUAUUGGAGCGCCGAAGAUCCAUGUUGGCGAUUGACAGAGAAACUCGAGCCAUCGUUGGGAGUCUCAAAAAUGUAUGUUAGCUCACGGUGACCUCAGAGGAAGGCAGGAUAUCCAAUCCUUAUAUAUGGUUACGAGAGAGGAUGAAGGGAAAAGAAUUUAUCCCCGGUGUAGACCUUAUUCCCAAGGUAAUCUAUUUUUAGACAUGGUUCCCAGUUCUUCCGCAGAUAAUGUUUCCACAAGCAUUAGGUGGAUGUUUUCGUGGAAGAUGAAAGUGAGUGUAAGGAUGCUUGAGCUGUUCAUAUGAACAGAAUCUGCUUCACAGGAUUGGCUAUUUCUAAAACCUUUUGAGAUUUUCAAAACCGGGAAAAAUCCAAACAUAAUUUAAGAAGGAUUACCUUGUUAAUUUGGCUUAUGUGGGGGGUUAAAUAAACAUGAUGAGGACGAUAACACUAUCGGUUAGUCUUAAAGCUUGAAAUCUUUUUCCCAUUCCCGUAGUUGUUUGGAUGUUUAUUUUUUUAUUUCUUUUGUUAUGUAUUUGUUUUUGUCCUGCAUGGGUUUGCAGUCAUCUCCCAAAUCCGUAGAAAAAACAAACUUUUGUGAUUAUAAUUCAGAAAUGUACAGGAAAUAAAAAAUAUACAUUUUGGUGUACUCAAGACACCGUUGUUAAGGAAACGUAUGUAAAUAUUCUGCGACUGAAAGAAGUCCGCUAAGUAUAAUAAGUAUGAUAAGAAUGAGAAAAAUAA